AUUUUUGUCUUGUGACAAAUCCAGACGAAAAGAAAAAACAAUUUGUGAGUUUCCAACUGAGUUCCAUGGGCGCUUCUGUUACUGUAGAGGUUCUUUUGGGCAAAAAGGACCAGCAGUAGAUGUUAAUAUGGAGAUACAUUAGAAAUUAACGUUUGAUUAACAUUCCACUCUUUCACAGUUGGCGAGUGGUUACAGUUGGGGGCAAAGUUGGCGCAUGGAGAGGGACAAGUUUCGUUUUUGCGCAUAGUGUUUGCUUUGUUGUGGUCGCCCGUCCGCUCAAGUCGCAUGACUCUCUAGACACCAAGCCAAAUAGCCUAAAUCAUAUUUGUUUGUUGCUGGUGGUGGGGAACGUCGAAGGACUAAGAAGAAGUCAACUUGAGGACGCGCAACACGUCGGAGAUGGACAACAAACCUCUUCUUCCAGACAGACCUCCCGCCUAUAACGCCGUCCCGGGGACGUAUGAAUAUGGUCAGCAACACAAUUAUGGAGCUAUUACUCCACCAGCACCCGCAACCUCUGGUUUCCAACAACCACCGCCGCCUUAUCCCUACCCCGACGGUCAAGGCCCAGCCCAGAUGGGACAGGCCAUAGCCCAGCAGCCCUACCCAGGCACCUACACCAUCAUCCAGCCCUCUGUAGUGGUGGUGGGGGGCUGUCCAGCCUGCAGAGUGGGCGUGCUGGAGGAUGACUUCACCUGCCUGGGGAUCAUGUGUGCCAUCUUCUUCUUCCCUCUUGGCAUCCUCUUCUGUCUCGCACUGCGCCAGAGGCGGUGUCCCAACUGUGGUGCCACCUUUGGGUAGAGGGACCAAACUGCAGCCAACCAUGCACACACAUGCAUGCGCACGCGCGUACACACACACAUGCGCACACACAGUCACCUGUCCUUUCAUUUUGUUUUUAUCUUCAUAAUUAUUGCACACUGAUGAAGCCAUGCUUAUUUUAGUCUGCCAUACAUUCAUGAUAUAGAGAUGCAUGAGAAUUAUUAUUUUUUUUAUUACAUGCUAGCUGAUGUGUCACAAAAUAUUAGUUUAGCAAUGCCAGAUCUAUUGACUGUCUAUCUAUUGUUGGUGCCUUUAUGUGUUGAGAGACCAUUUAAAGGGAUUGUGAUAAUGAUGAUUUUAGAUCAGAGAACAGUGUGUAUUCCUCUGUCGGCCUCAAAAGAGCCACAAAUAGACUUUGUGGUGGAUGUUUAAUUCCAUUUUAAUGCAGCUGAUUGUUAGCCUCUGUUAUUUUAUAUUUUAUAUGCCAAUGCUGCGAUUCAGUUGAAAAUUGUAUUAAGAAUCAGAUUAUUCGUUUGUGGACAAUUAAUUCCCAACCAUAUGUGUAUACUUAAUAACCUGUACUGAAUAACCUGUCUUUAAGUGAGGGUUCACCUUAAGCAGUCCUGUUGGAAAUCACCCAAGGCUUUUUGAACACUGUGAUCUCUCUAUCUGAGCUACAAUCACGUGCAUCCUCUUCACCUGAUGGACUGAAACCGGGAGGAGUAUGGACGUGGUCCUUGCUGAUCACAGCAAAAAAUCAACCAAGACGAAAGUGUCCACCUCACUUAGCUGGUUUUUGUUUUGUUUUCUUCUUGGGGCUAUGUCAUAUUUGCACUGACCAUCUGAUCCUGUUGCUAUGAUUAUGCUGUAGGGCCUCUGCAGACCUCAGGUAAAGCGGUUUAAACACACACACAUUCUGACCCCAGGAAUAGACUCACACUUAAGGAAGGGAAGCAGGCAGAUAUAUUUGCAUAGGAGCCUGCUGAAGUAUAACCUCUGGAUUAUGUAAACUUUAGUAUAAUCUGUGUCGCCUCACCUUCCUCCCCACGACAAUCACCCGGGAAUCUCCAUCUCCUUCCACAUCUCUUUCCUUCGUCUAGGCAGGGUGUGUCCCUUUGGAAGUUUAAGGUGGUAUAUUUAGGGGAGGGAGGGGAUAUUUUUCUUUUCUGCUUUGGAACACUACGCACGCUGUUAUAAGUGAGGUUCUUACUUUUUUAUAUAAAAAAUUAUUGUAAAUAAAUCGAGUGCUACUUGCCUGUU